AUGGAAACCAAUACAAUUACGUCGGAUAACCUCCACAAACAGUAUGAGAAGAUUUGUGGUCUUCAAAACCAGCAAAAACCAAAAAAAGGAGAAGUGGCGGCAGCGGAUCAACGCCACAUUGUCAAAGAACUCAACGAGCCAAAAGGUGGAGUUUUUGGAAACGAAUACAGUCUCAAUAACUUUCAAAUUGGUAAAAUGCUUGGCGGAGGAACAUUCGGAUAUGUUCAACUGGUGGAGUCCGUUCGCACCGGUAUUGCCCAACACCUUGGCGGAUUUGGCCGACCGACAUGUCGUCGAGAGAGAGAGAGAGAGAUUCUGAUUCAGGCUGAAAUGCAGCACACAAACUAUUACUUCAUUUGCGACUACAGCUCAGAUUCACAUAAUCAUGGAAUUGAUGUCCCACAGCCUGAGACAAAAAAUGAUAUCUGGAGGAGCUCUGUAGCUUUGACAGCAUGUGGAACAGAGCAGUAUAAAGCUCCAGAGAUGUGGGCACAUGAAAAACAAACACCUGGUGUUGAUAUGUGGAGUCUUGGUUGCAUAUUUGAGGCAUUGACUAACCGUCUCCCGUUCCCUCAAGCGAAAACGUCCGACAUGAUUGCUGCAAUUGACUCGGCAAAAAGUGUCCUAUCCACAUCAUUUGAGCAACAUUUCAAAAGAUUUGAUACAGAAACUAUUGUCCGCAAAGCAGGAUCUCGUCUCACUGCAUCUCUCACUGCAUCAAAUGCUUUUUGUGAGAGGAAUAAGCAUCUGUAA